AUGUCCCGUCCAAGACAUGCCGAUGAUAUUCUCAACAUUAAUGUUGGUGGCAAAAAGUAUACUGUAAGAAGAACUGAUCUUCUCGCCGAUCCGCGAUCAAAACUUGCCGAGUGGUUCAAGCCAGGAACUCUGAAGCCAAUUGCAACUGAUAAGGGAGGUAACUAUUAUUUGGACCGUGAUGCGAAAUGCUUCCGCCAUAUUCUUGCAUACUUGCGUUUAAAAAAGGAAAAAUUUGUGCCAUCACUUGCUCUUCCCAGCAAACCCGAUGAUUUGGCCAAAUUAGUGGGCGAGUGUGAAGCUCUUAACCUUGCAGAGCUUAAAGAGCUCGCACUAGACUUGCUCCAAAAGUACCAACGAACCGAGGAACAGCACUAUGUUACGUCGUAUGUGCAAGUCACUCUUCGCGAUUUCGAAAGUUGGCAAUUUGAACGCGAGCAGAAUCAAAUUGCCCUCAAGAAAAAACCAGCACCGGAGGAAGAAUUUCAGCCAAAUUCGGCUUAUGACGAAUGGGACAACCUUUAA